AUGCCUAUAAAUAGGCUUGUAAAUCUGAUUGUUAAAAGUAUGAGUAGAGUAAGAGAAUCAGAUGAGAAAAAUACCAACAAUGGACUCCUGCAAGAAUUAAAUGCUCGUUUCCUUGAGGCAAAUAUCGAAUUGCUACUUCAUGUGUUCCCAAGCGGCCACUACGAACCAUUGGAAGAAUCUUUGCCUGGAGAUGGUUUCGAAGCUCUCGCAGCCAGCGCGGACGAUCCGCACUGGACGCUUAGCUUUGAAGGGGCCGCGGGAAAUGGAACAGGAGGCGCGGGAAUAGUGUUGCGGAAUGAGGAAGGAGAGAAAUUCCAUUUGGCUUACAAGCUAAGCUUCCCUCGUUCCAACAAUGAAGCAGAAUAUGAAGCAUUGAUCUUGGGACUGUUAGCCGCAAGAGAGAGGGGGAUCAAGCACCUAAAGAUAGUGGGAGAUUCAAAAUUAGUGAUCCUACAGACGGAAGGGGUCUACGCGUUGAAAGAGCCAAUAUUGGCCCCCAUAUCGAACAAUAGUGCAAAAACUGAUAAAGUCCUUUGA